AUGGAAGCAACACUCCUUCGCCUCUGCGUCAGAUACAUCGUCCUCAAAGAAAUCGAUGCAUCUGUCCCCGACGUGCCGGACAUUGUCAAGCUAUGCAGCGCUGGGUCGAUGAGGCUGCAUAUUUGGAAAGAACAGUAUGACCGUCCGGACUGCAUCGUCACACCCAAGACGGACUAUAGCGACUGGCGGUACGAUCCACUCGCCGUCUUCUUCAUUUUCGGGACGCAAGAUGCCAUGCGCAAGCUGCUGCAGGACCACGAUACAGGCAGUAUGGCAUUCCUGCGCGAGUCGGGCUUCAGGGCCGCUGAGUGA